GCUCUAGCGGGAACCGCCAAAGCAGAAUGUUUACCCCAGAAAAUAACACUAACGUAUUGGAUUCACUUAGGCUUGAAUAUGUAUAUACCUUACAGUGUUGACAGGACUUAGGUAGGGAUUACUAUGAUAAAGUUUACAUGGAUUUGUAUACAAAUAAUUAUAUUUGUAGUAUUAAAUAUAGAGUGUGAAGUUUUAUUUUAGAGAAUGACGCUCAAAAAGCAAUAGCACAUUCAGACAAAGAAAGCUCAGCGUUACCUUCGCACUGCAAUCGUCUAGAGCCUGUGGCACAAGUACUUCAGUACCCACUUUAUACCCAAAUAGGUCAAUCGUAUUUUUAGUUUAUAUUUUAUUACAUCAGAAGUACUUUGGACUAGCAUUUACAUGAUACAAUCCUCUUUUAUAGUUCAGUUCAGUAAUCUGUAUAUACAAAUGUAGUAGGCUAAAAUGUUAAAUUAAAAUUUUAACACAGAGCUACUAUUUAAAUGUAUACAUUAUUAUGAAUUUGGUGAUUAUUGAUCUAUUUUAUUUCUAAUACUGCCAAAUUAACAUGUUACUUGUAAAGUUAUUUCGGUUCAUGUCAAAAUCAAUACGUUGAGAGUCUACGUAAGUAUCUUUAUUAUAUUGUAUUCUUUAAUUUUUUAAAAGAAUUUGUAUUUAACAUCACAAAUGCAUUUUUGUUCUUUUGUAAAUUUCAUAUUAGCGUUAUCGCAAACUGAGAUUUUUCGGCAUAUCUAUAAAUCUACUUAUAUUUAGCUCCUCAAAUUUCAACUCUGUUAUCCUUUAUCUUUAAUUUUUUUAUCACUCCUUACACUAAGUUUCGUUUAUUUUUUUUGUGCGAACAAAAGUUCCCACACUCAGUUCACAAAUGACAAGUGCAAAUAUGCUAAUAUUAGUUAGGCUGUCAACUCAGUCACUGACCUCUUCUUUGCCUAGCGAGGGACGAAAAUAUCGUUACUGUUGGCGCGAGAUACUAAAGUUACCAAAAGUUGUAUGCGGGGCGUCAAGGGUCACCCCAUCUAAACCCAUCGGUAAUACUAUUAAACGUCUGUGGUAUUAGAGAAAAGGGAGGGCACGGCAUCAUGUUACGCCACGAGCGGGACGUGGACAUUAUACUCUUCUAAGAAACACUGCUUAAAGGUAAGCCGUUUCAUAUUACAGGCCACUCGCUGUACCACUGCAAAUAUAAGCAAUGAUGGCUGACCACUGCGAUAAGAAAUCUACUCCUGAUGGAUCUGCUUGAGGUAAAAAUCGUACUAAGGUACAGAUACCUUCAGGAUUCCUGUGUUUAAAAAUAACGAAAAAUAAUCGUGAUUAAAUAGUUCUAUAAUAAGCGGGCUGCUGGGUGGUCUAUACUGAGCAAACCUCAAGUUGAUGGUUUGGAGUUCAAUUCCAGCCAGAGCAGAGUCAAGCUAAAAUAUCACCAGCAUGAUACAAUGAAACAUUCCGAUAAUGAAACAAUGAAAUUCCUGCGACGCCACUGGUGCCAAGUUGCAUCAUCCAAUGAUGUUCCCUUGGGUUAUCCAGCUGCAUGAAGAGAGGCGAUUUGCUGUUGGGAACUAGCUUAUAAUCCUUGAAGAAUAAGCCCAGGAUAAUCCCAGGCCAUUGUGACGGACGGAUUUCAGCAAAAAAAAAAAUUAAAACAAUAAGUCUGUUAAUCCUAUCGGCAAUGCCAGCAAUAUAUUUUUUUUUCAAAUGUAGUAGUGUGUGUGGGUGACGUAGGUGCUUGGGUGUACCAAGGCUGCCACUGACAGUUAUUAAUAAACAAAUGAAGAAAUGCAGGCCUCGAGGACUAUAGCUUUAUUAAUGCUCUACAAAGCAAUCCACUAUGAUAAAAAAAAAAGGCCAACACUUGUUAUGAUUAAGAACAAGAUGUAAGAAAAUGUCCACUAUGAAGAGAAAAAAAAAAAAAAAAAAAAAAUCAAAAAAAAAAAAAAGGCAAACACUUGAUAAAAUAAAGAACAAGAUGUAAGAAAAAGUACACUAAGAAGAAAAAAAAAAAAAAAAGGACAAUAUCUGAAAAUAAACAAAUAGUACAGGUCAACAAUGUCCUGACUAACAUAGCUAACAAUAAACAUAUUACAUAACCACGUAAUUACACGUGGCAACAACAUAUACUUAAUUAGAAAGCAUGAUAAAUAAUACGUACGUAGUAUUGUUUCAUACACAUGGCAAAGAUAAUUAUCUUGUACUACGAAUGUUUUAAUUUUAAAAGAAACCACGUUCAGUGUUUAAUUUGAAACACGUGCACAGUGUUAAUGCUACACACAGAACCAGAGUGCGAUGUGAUGUCUAACAUAAACUUUAAAGAUCUUGAAGUUAUAAUAGUAUGCCAUCCAGGUAUGGUGUCUAUGUAAUAAGCAAACAUAGCAGGACAGUAAAUACAAUGGUAUAAAGUAUGACCACCGUUGGCUUGAUACUUGUAUCUGUCCAUCGCUGUGUCUUGUUAAGACAACAGCAGAUUGCAGAAUGAAUCGUUAUAUGGAAUAUGAUCCUAACACAUGCACUAUUUCCUAUGUGAGAAUUUAGCACACGGCAGGAAAGUUAGCCUAUUACACAUAUUUGACGGACACUCGUUGGUUGUCUAUUGUUGUAUCUAUAGCUUAUAUUAUAAGCGCAAUGCAGUAUGUGUACCCAGAACGAUAUGCAGUUGUUUGUUACGCUCACAAACCCAGGUCACUGGUAUCUAAUUUAUUAAUCCUAUUAAAUAAUUUAUUUAACGGUUGUAUGUUAACAUUUAAAAUACCCUGAGCAUACGUCUACACGCUGUAGGUUAUUCUACACUAUAUCCUGGUUAUAAGUCUGAACAGAAAUCUUCCAAUGCUAACACUCAACAAGUUCCUACUAACCACACAGAAAUAAAAUGGCGUAUUUGCCUCUAUUAACAGAGCGCUCCAAUGGGCCGCACUGAACAAAGGCACACUGCAGGUAUGCUGACCAAUCUCGAAUGACCCCUACUUAGUGUGCUCCCCUUUAUAAAGCCGUGCGUGGACACAUGAGAGAGGGUCUCCGUCAGACUUAAAUCAAGUCGGUCUACGUUUUGCCUUCUGGCCAGUUUCCUGGGGUAAAAUGCCUAACUCUGGGGACUAAUCCCGAGUAAUAAUUAAAAUCCCUGACCAAAGCCCUAACGACUUCUAUGUGAUCUGUGCAGUUUUGUCUCAGCUCUCUAAGAUACUAUUUUAUAGUUCUAUGUGAUCCGUGCAGUUUUGUCUCAGCUCUCUAAGAUACUAUUUUAUAGUUCUAUGUGAUCCGUGCAGUUUUGUCUCAGCUCUCUAAGAUACUAUUUUAUAUUUUUAUGACUUAAAUAGUUUUUGAGAUAUUUUAACUAGAAGCGGGUGGGGACCACUAUAGAUGAAGGCGAAAACAACUUUAAUGACUCAAUGUUAAACUAUCCUCCAACGAUGGAGACUUGUAAAUAUGCUAAGGUAUAGUGAAUAAAAUCCCCUUUCUAACUAGAUAUAAUUUAUAACUUAAUACGCUAGGGUUCCCGAGAAAUAAAUUAUUGAAUUUCUAACUAAAACGCACAUCGCGCCCCAAUGCGCGAGAGAAGCCUGCCGUAUAGUGACCGUCCGGGUGGGGGGGAUGAAAGGGAUACCUGAGCGCGGGCUACAUACACACCGCGCGACCUCGCGUGGGGCGCCAAACUUGGUUUUCGUAACGGGUCUAUACACACCGCGCGACCCCGCGUUGGGCGCCAAGCAUGCUUUUCGUAACGGGUCUAUACACACCGCGCGACCCCGCGUUGGGCGCCAAGCAUGCUUUUCGUAACGGGUCUAUACACACCGCGCAACCCCGCGUUGGGCGCCAAGCAUGCUUUUCGUAACGGGUCUAUACACACCGCGCGACCCCGCGUUGGGCGCCAAAAUGCUUUUCGUAACGGGUCUAAUAGCGGGUUGGGGCAUACACUGCCACACAAAGAAAAAAUAAGGGGGUGAUUUAAAUUUCAAAUUACUGAACUGGGGAUAGAUAAAUCGAUCGUAUCGCGUUUGGAUGCUACUACUAACCUGAUUCGUUUACAUGACGAAAACAGGGGACCACAUAACUUCCCACAUGAUAUAGUACGUUUAUAAAUAUUUUAUGUCUAAACUCAUUGUGUUUGUACUAAAUGAGAUCGGUAGAGAAAACAAACAUAUCCUCAUUAGAAUUUUGGUAGCUACCAGUGAGGUACGCUUCCGGAAAUUGUACUGACAGUUUCGGAAAACAAACAGGAUAAUGUACGAGACACAGAUCGAAGCCAAGAUGGCAGACGUUCAUGCCAAAGUACCAGAGUACCUAAAUGUGGAGUAUGAGAUCUUAAUAGGCAUGAUUUUUAAGUGACAAGGAGAGUAAGUCCAAGAAAUAUUGAAAGACAAACCUUCAUACCGUACUGGAACAAUAAUCUGAAGGUGCUGGUAGAGAAUAGAGCAAAAGAAUGAAUGAAGACUUCCAAAGGAAAAACACCAACAGUGUGAGUGGCGUGCAAUCGAUUGACAGUCUAAAUUCUUGAAGAAAUCAUUAAAGCGAAAAAUUCAAUAUGGAUUAAUACGUAUGCAAAGCUCAAUUUUUGGAGGGAAAAAAUGUCUAGUUGUUACUAGCAUAAAAAAAAGUCUCUCGCAUUAGAAAGCAACCAAAAAAAGUUACCCAGUAAAAAAAAACCCAGCUGUUACAGAGGCUAGCUGGGCCACAUUAACUAAAUCGCUAUAUACAUAUUUUUCUAAUGUAAUCAAAAAAGCAAUAGGGACUGGAGAAAGCAGUGUGAUCAAACAAUAUCCACAAGUUAGGAACUCGACCCCACAGAAUGGGAUUUUUCCAAAAAAAUGGUUUUCAUCGCUCGCCUCCAAUGAACUAACUACAAAGCAAGUGCAAAACAGUUAAAGCACCAGGACCCAACAGGAUAUGUAGCGAAAUGCUCAUGCACUUUGGCUAAAAGGAAAAGUAGUUGGUCUUAUACUUUGUAAACAAAACAUGGUCAACAGACGUCGUGUUACAGGCGUGGCAUUGAGCAGUGAUUGUCCCUAUCCCCAAAGAAUGCAAGUCAAGCAAACUUUCUUAGACAUCUUAGAGCUACAAGCCGAUAUCCCUAACAUUGCGUGUUGGGAAUGUAGCCUGGUGAAUGUUCAACACGAAUUUAUUGGCUCUUAUAGCAAACUAAGAACGUUAGUGUAAAAACCGAUGUGGCUUUUGAGAGGAGAGGCAUCCAAUGUCGCAAGUUAUUCAGUUGAUCCAAAGUACCACCAAUGAACUCCAGAUGAAAACAAAAAUUAUACUAUGGCAGUUUUCUUUGAACCCCCAACAAGCUUACAAUAAAGUUUGGAGGGUGUGUCUUCUGAGUAACAGCUGUAUUCAUAAGUGGAUGCAUUUCUUUUUAUGAAAUCACACGACAUCCACCAGUUUUGGGCGCAAGGCAUUGAACAUAUUUGAGUUUGAGCAUGGACUCUCAGGGGUUGGCCUUGAGCUACACCCUACUCCGGACGUUCAUUUAAAACUACAGUCAAGUUUGGUAACAAUGAACUAAAUGUUUGCACAUGAUCUUGUAAUCUGGAGCUCGAGCUAAUCCAUCUAACAAUUGCAGUCCGGCUGCAAAAAAAGACCUUACUUAGACACAGGGCUGUGCUGAGAAAUGUAGAUUGGUGUCAAAUGAUGCGAAAACAUUAUUUUCCUUGUUUUUAAUUAGAGGAAGUGCUAUAAAAGAAUAAAUAUAUCUUCGUCCGUGCGGGUUCUCAUUAAAAUGGGACAAACACCUUCGUAUUUGGGAUGUAAGCUUGACUAGAAACACCAGCUACACAACCAAAUACGCUGUGUCGGCACUAGUAGCACGUCCAAACUUAUCCUGUUAAUGAAACUUACUAGAUCAACCUGGGGUCCCAAUGCAAGCCUUCUAAGAAUAGUAUAUAUUGGGAGUGUGAGAGGAGUACUUAACUAUAGCCUAUCGGUCAAAGCCUUUUCGAGCCGAACUGACAUAAAUAGACUGGACCGUUGCAAAACCCAGCUCCCAGAUUCGUUUGUGGGGCAUGACAUAGCCCACCCACGGCUGCAGUGGAAAUCUUGAAAAAAAUAACAUUUCUAUCCAUCGUAGUGUUCACUGACUCAUAGUGUGCUCUAGGAGCUGUGAGGAGGUGCCCUUACGACAUGAAAAUGGACAGUCUUGGAGCUCAGGCAUGUCAUAAAGUAACAUUUAGCCAAAGUCGUAAAACAGGAGAUAACUGGACAUGCUGGAUAACCCCCAAAAAUAUACAGCUAAUUAACUAGCAAAACAAGGCUCUGCGCAGUCACAGCCGAAAAUGCCAAUAACGCAACUAGGAAACAAGAUUGGGUUUAAGGACCUCUGUAAAGAGGAAGAGCUAAAGAAAUGGGAAAAUGGAUAGACAGCCCGCAAGCUUUGCCAGAACAUGCAUAAACCUAAAUAAAAGGGGGAGCAAUGGAAGCAUCUUUAAAGCAUUCACAAGAAUAUCAUAGCGCAAAUGAGAACGGAGAACAGGUCUACCCAAAGCUAUCUGAAUUGUUCACAUCCGCUUCCGGACUCGAGCUGCCGCCACUGUGGACAUGCCCUGGAGACAGUCAAGCACUUACUGGCCGAGUGAACGAUACUUACAAGGGGCGUCACGUGAGAUGUUGCAGUCAAAAAUGUUGAGAGUAUUAUUUACUGCAACACCCAGCAGAUGCGGUAUGUAUAUAAUGAGCUUUCCGGGUUCCAGUUGCAAUAAAAGACAAAUAGCUUGGUCCCAAAACGUGAAUGUAAUAUAUAAGUAAUAUUUGACAAGUAUGACAGACAUGACAUGUCUAUCCAAUGACUAACGAAUAAAUGCUUAACGAGCUAUUAAAAUGGCAUUCACUUUCUUCAAGUAAAAACUAUUUAAAAAUAUUUAUAACUUGUAAUAGUCAAGAAUAUGAGAAUCACUGUUAUGUGUAGAUCACUGUUGUCAUGCUUGGUAGGGUCAAAAUGUUUAGUUAGAGAUUUCGUGUGUAUAUGUAUCGAUUAUGUGAGAGAGUUAUAGCGUAUUAAUUUGGGUAAGGGGAAAUGAUGCGUUUGUUAGUGUGGAUAGAAUGCAUAGAUGGCCCUUGUGGGAUAUCCAUGGCGUGGCUUGUUUUUGUGUGUGUAGGAAUGGGCUGGAUAUAUCGUUGAAGCAGAAUGUUGGUUAGUUUACGAGUUGGAUUUUUGGUGUACAUUGAUCCGUCAGGUUUUGACAAAGUAUAAAUAAAGUUAUAGACUUUAACUCAUUUAAAUAGAUUUUCAGUGUUUGCUGUGUUGUCGGUUGCAUACGAAUGUGUGAAGAAGUAAGAGACGGCCGAGCGCCUAGCUUCGAAGAGUGGAUGAGCGCACUACACUAAGAUCUACAGUUUGACAGUAAUCUAAAGCUUAAGUUUAUUAUUGUAUUAUUUCUUUCAGUUUAAGUUAUUACAUAUAUUCAUACAUUUGAUCAAAGAGGUGUUUUGGAUUGUUUGCAUGUGUGUGUUUGUGUAUGGAUGUGUGUAUUAUUGCUGUAUAUCUUUUGGUGUUAAUAUAUUUAUAUGUGUUUGUAUGCUUGUGUAUGUUCAUUUGCGUUAAUAAAAGCCAGUGUAAAGGACAAUUCGGAUGAACAUAUGCAUACAUUAAAAUGAGAGGUGGAGGUUUGGGUUUUGUAAGUGUGAUUGUUUGUGUUAGGGUAGAUUAAGUGUGGUCUUGGCUGUGGUGUGAAAUUCAGAAAGUCUAAGCAAACAGGUUAUACAAAAAAAAAAAAUAUCUUUAAUUUCUUUUUUUUCCGUAAAUAGUAAGUUUUUACAAAUUCUAGGUAGAGAAAACACAAGCUUCUCAUAUUAUAAGGCAUUGGCUUUACAAACGUCUUGAUGGCUACCUUAUUGUAUAUUAUUUUGGCUGCUCUUUUGUGUGAGUAUUAUAUUUAAUUAUAUUUUAACUACAUGAAAUAUAGGGAAUGCAUUUUUACACUUUAAAAAAAAAUAUUAAAAAAAAACAUCAAACAACAACAAAUAAACUUAAGAUUGUUGAUGCUUUUUAACAUCACUACACACCAAGUCGUAAUGUAUAAAUAUCUUAUUAUUUACUUUUGAAUUUAUAUUUUUAGAAACAUUAAUUACAGUCAUAUUUUAAUAUGGUCUUAGCUUAUUAAUAUCUUGUAUACUUAUUUAAUAGAAACAAAAUCUGUUUCAGCAUGCGCCAAUAAUCUAAACAUUACACUAAAGGACGUCAGUUACAAAGAUUAUACGACGUCUUGCACUAACGAUCCGAUCGGGGAUUUUGACCUAGUUGAGGUCACUUUUCUUGUGGAUUAUUCCAAGGAGCCUUAUGUAAACUAUGUUAUUUUUCAAAGAAAGAGGACAUCUGAAACCCGAUUUAUUUUUGUAAGUGUCUUCUUUUACUAUUUUUUUUACAGUAUACAACAAAGCUAUGAUUUAUAUGUUUAUUAAUGUAUCAUAAUAUGUUUUUAAAUAUAUUUUUAAUCGUCUUAUGUAUUUAACUUACCUAUGUAAAAUUAACAAUAAAAAUUAUGGACAUUAUUUAUUUAUUGUAUACUAUCCUAGAUUUUAUGGGCUUUUUUGCGAAAAAAAGAUGUUUAUAUCUCAAUCAUUUCAUUAUUCCAAAAUAAUGGGAAAUACAUGAUUAUAAAAGUUAAAAUACUAAAAUAUAUUUUAGUCUUUAAAAUAGCAACAUAUAAAUAAAGACCAGCUCUGAAAUUCAAUAUAACAUGUGCUGAAAUAUUCUUUACCUCUUGUAAAAAAAUCAAUUCAAAAUAUAUAUAAAAAAACAUCAAUAAUUAUUUCUAAAAAUAUGUCUAUGUAUAUUAUAUAUAUCCCAAAAGGCAUGUACAUAUAUAAUAUAUCAAUAUAUGUAUAAAGCUCAGCAUCGCUAUAUUUCAUUGUAGAUUGGUCAAUCAAUCACAAGAAAACCAAAAUAUGAAUCACAACCAAUUUAAAUAUUUGUCAUCCCUUCUGUCAUUAAGGUGGUUCGUAGAAAAUAAAGUUAAAUAUUCAUUAAUUGCAUAGAAAUAUUUUUGUUUAUAGUGUAAAAUUUAAGAAAUAAUCAGUAACAUUUUUAUUUCCAUUUUGUAUAAUUUAUGAUUCCUAUCUUAUGGAUAAUUAAAACAUAAAACAUGUUCAAACACGGGAUCUUUAUUUUAAAUUUAAUUGGAGAAUAAAGUAUUUAAAUAUUUUGAUGUAGAUUUUUGAGUUUCGAAAUAAUACUUUAUACAUUCAGUUAAUUUUUUUUACAAAUUAUUUUGAAAUAAAAUAAAAUAAAUACAUACAUAAUUUCAAGGCAAAAUCUAUAUUUUUCAUGGAUUUAUCAAAACUAUCAUGUUUAUUGAUAUUUAAGUUACAUCGUAUAGAUUUCUAUACUUCUUCUGGAAUAUCCGAGACACAUGUUAUCGAAUGUAUGGAUUUAUUUGUUUGUUCCACACACGUUUGUACAUGGAUCGGUGGAACUUGACUAACUUGGCACACCUAUUCAUCAUUAUUAGAAAGGAUCUCUUGGGUGGUUAUAAACUUUUUACAAUACUUCAUUUUUUUUUCUUAAUAUAAGUUAUAUAAACAAUUUUACAAACAAAUACUCAUACACUAAUGGACGUAUCUUGACAAACUUAGUACACAUACACUUAAUUAACAAUCUUCAAAUAACAUAGCUUGAUGAGCUCAUACUUUACAUUUCUCUGGGGCUGUUGUGGUGUGUUAUUAUCGUAAUGGGCGACAAGCAGCUAUUUUUUUAAAGAGUGAAUGAUUUAUUUUUUCGAGCUGAGUACAUUUCCAAUGCUGUACAGGAGUUUCCUUUCUUCUAAUAUGAACGCCAUUAUUACUGGUUGAUUUUGAUUGUGCGCCGUUCUUUAACACAAUAUAUACAUAAUUAAAUAAUAUUUCUUUUAUUCAAACAAUCUCGUGAUUUGUUUAAAAAAAAGUUGUUAAUUUUUUAUUUUUUUUUGUGUAAAUGGUUUACUACACUUCAGCUUUUAGGGGCUAAGUAAAAGUAAUGGUGUUCUAGACUAAGAAAUUUUAAUUUAACAUCUUUUAAAUAUCAACUCCAUAAUUUAUCCGAUAUUUAUAGGGGCCCCAUCUCAGGCAAAACUAAAUCCCAUCGAUAAACGGGAUUCCACCAGUGUUGUGAUCAAAAAAUUAUUGGGAUUCAACCGGAAUCCGGCGUUAAAUUCAAAACGUGUUUGGGAACCCCACGAUAUCGGGAUCCCACCGUAACCGGGAUUCCUUUGGCUAACGGGAUGCAUUCGGGAAAGAGUUCCAAGAAUUUUAGAAUCUCACUGGGAUUGGGAUCCAAAGGGAUCGGGAUACAGACGAGGUCUUUUUAUGAUUAUUCUAUUUAAAAAUGGAAAUAAAAGUACUAUUUUUAAGAGAGAAAAAAAAUGCUACAUUUUAGUAAUUUCUUUAUUAUAAGGGACUGCAAUUUAUUACGAGUAUCACAUAUUUCACUUGAAUGCACAAUUAUUGCUUCGUUAUUCCUAUGGUUGUACAGACAUGUGUUUCUUUUUAAUUUUGCAUCACAUUUACAUACUAUGUGUUGAUAGAACGGAUAAUCAUUGUUACGUACUGUUAUAAGUAUGGAUAAAUUAAUCUCUUAUUUAAAUAUAUAUCUCGUUCUAAAACAGUACACAAAAAAGACGGUAACUUAUGUUAAAUACCAUAACAAAGAAUACGCUACUCAAACCAAGGCUAAUUACAAUUAAUAAAAGUUAUUAUUUUAACUAUAAAUUAUAAAAUCAACAAAUAAAAAAUAAUUAAAGUUAGUGACUUACAGAAUAAUGAUUGGCUUGUACCUGUUCAAUGUUGAAGAAGAUAAAAUUUGGUCGAAAAGUACAGUGAUGAAACAUAAUCUACACACACAGUAAAGAAAUCUCUGUCUCGUAGAGCAAAAAUCUACAAAAAAAUUAACAAUCGUUUCCAAUAUCUCUCGUCUUCGUUUUGUCGCUCAAUCUCUCGAAGCGUAUAUGUAUAGUUUGUUUUAUAGAUACCCCUGGAAAGGGUUUACACAUUGCAUAAGAGCCUCGAGCAAACUAGUAUAUUCUAAAUGAUUUUAAUAAUCAUACCGGCUAUGGAUUGUAUUUAUUUUAAUCGAGGUCAAGGAGAUUAAUUUUUUUUUGCAACACCCUAAACUCGGUUCCAAGCUUGGGUUUAGCUAGAGUUCAUUCACGGGGGAUUAUGACGUAAUCACGUUGUCUACAUAACUAUCUUAAAUUUAAGAUUAAGCCAAAAACAACAUUUAGUCAAACAAUGAGUUGGUUCCUUUUAUUGGGAUAGCAAUAUUUCAAACGCAUCAUAUAUUAUAUAUGUAACGAUUUAAUAUUCUUUUAAUAUACAACAUUUCAAUUAAAUUACUUACACAUUGAAUUAAAACGAAUGAAAAAUGACAACUUAAUCAGACAGUAUAUAGCUUUUUUAAAAAAAUAUAUAAACUUAGACCCCUGGUCAGAUUGGCUUCGAAAAACCUGCCACUCAAGAGUAUAAUAGAAGGCAUUGCCGUUUCUUAAAUAUAAACUAAAAUAAGAUGGGUCCAAAAUCCAUUUUUAUUGAAUUAUUGUAAUAUGGCUUUUUCGGGAAAAAUAAUUUAAUAACCAUUUUACCGUAUUUUUUUAAAAAGUAUAAAUGUACCCCCUGAGUCGAUUUUUCUUUAUUUAUUCCUUUCUGUGGUGCAUAAUCGGAUUGAGGCACUUAAGUGUGUGCUUUGUGAGCACUCUUAGGUGUGCAAGUGAGAGAGGGUGGCGAAAAAAAUAAUGAUCUUUGGUCUUUAGUAGUUAUACUCUACAUGAGGUUUAUGUCACAACUUUAAAAUGUGCUAUCUUGUGGUCGUUUACGAUUGGCAUAAUUAUUAAUAUUACUAAUUGUGUAAGUUGUAAUUGGCGUGGCAAAUAAAAACGAAAGACAUUGAUUAUUUCUUUAGCAUAUUGUUAUUUAAAGAAAAAAAAACAUGCAUUAGCAUUUUAUUUUUAUAAAUUAAAAUCAUACAAAUAUACACAAAAUAUAGAAGUGUAAUAAAUAAAUUUCAUGUAAUUUAACAUUGAAUCUUUCUACAUAAGUUAAUAUUUUAUUAUUACACUUUUAGAAUAGUGUAAUAUUUAUAUGAUAGAUUUUAAACGUUAAAUUGAUUACAGUUGACUGGCUGCAAUAUAAAAGAAAAUUGUGACGGCUCCCAAAAUGCAUAUGGUAGACAGAUUGGCAAAGAUCACACAGAGAUUACAAUCAGGAUUAAUGCAAAAUCUGUUUUAAGUGGAGCUAAGUUACGAGGGCUGGUUUACACGCCAGAAAAUAUGGCUAUAACUAGUAGCGAGAUAAUAUUUCCAAAUAUAACAGGUAAAGGGAAAGUUGGGUAUUUGUGUUGUCUAUAAGCAAUAACGUUAGCUAUUUAAUUAUGUUUAACGUUCGCAGACAAUUACAUUAAAUAUGUUUGCUUAGAAUCUUACAAUUUAAAAAAUCAAAAAUCCUUUUUCUUUUAAAACACACAAUUUAAGACAUCAAUAUACGUAAAUUGUAAUAAUUAUUGUUUCAGAAUUUACGGACGUUGAAGGUAAACUUAUCGUCAAUGGUAAAACAAUGACACCAUCAACAGACUAUCGCGAGGUUAUUACCCAGCCAGAAUUAAACCUUGUAUUUCUGUGUGAAAGUCAAGUUUCACCUUGUUUGAUAGAAAUAUCAACUAACGAUUCCAAUGAGACAAGUCAAGGAGCAGGAAAUGCUACUUGGACUAAAAAAUACCCUUCUCAAAGUGAAGUUCACGUAAUGAUUAAAUAUGGUCUUUGUAAUUUAUUUGGAAACUCCAAGUCUAUUUCAUGUAAAUUCCAUAUUGGUAAGUAUCUGCUAAAAGAAAUUCUUCUUCUUAUUAGUAGUAGUAUUCAUGUUUUUUUUUUUAAUUUUAUUUUUUAUUUAAAAAUAGUAUAAUUAUUUGCAUUAACAAAAGAUGCUAUAAAAUUUUGCUUUAAAAAAAGAUUAAAAAAAUUAUUAUUGUAUGGAGCACAUCAUGCGUAUUAUACUGCAGGCGUCAAAGGUAGCAUUAAUGAAAUCCGUGCAUCUUAAAUUGGUAUUUGCGUUUGUCAACGUUGCUUUGGACCACCUGCAAAGUAUCUAUAGAAGUGAAAAGAAUUAUGUGUUUAGUGAUUUGUUUUAAUUGGGUAUCUCCACAAAGUAAAAACGAUUUACUAAAGUUAGAAGAGCUAUUCCCAAUUAUAUGUUCUUCUUUAUAGGCACAAAGUAACAAAAUUUAGGAAAAGUACUCCUUAAAUGGAAAGAAAUUUAUGAUCGGCCUUUUCACGAAUAUCACUCUAUAGAGAGCCCAAUUUCAAGCAAAAUUGCGAAAAACAACGUCAUUAACACCGCAGAAACACGUGGUACCUAGUGCUGUGUAACGAUUACAAAUGCACGCGCUCCAGAACCGACAAUUUCAGUACUGUUAAUUUUAGCUAUUACUAUACUUACACUUUUAGUCGUAUCGGUGGUGGGACAAAAUAAAAAAUGUGUCGUGGGUAGGCCUACAUGAGGAGGAGGGGAAAACAUCGCACACUAAUGAGUUGUUGCAAUGGAGAUGUGACUAACGUUCGUGAUACUCGUUUUCAAGUAUUGUUUUAUGAAACUUAUUAACCCAUGUGACGAUCACCAAGACAUAAUGAAAAAUAGCGAAUAAAGCGAUGCAGGAAUGAUACGUCAAUAAUAAAGGAAUGAGGGUGUGCACAAACAUUAACAAAUGGAAGGUAUCUUUUUUCCAUUACGUUAUAAAGUUUCAAUCAUACAAUACAUAUGUGAUAUAUAUAUAUAUAUAUAUAUAUAUAUAUAUAUAUAUAUAUAUAUAUAUAUACACACAUAUAAUAUAUAAAUAUAUAUAUAAUAUAUAUAUAUAUAUAUAUAUAUAUAUAUAUAUAUAUAUAUAUAUAUAUACACACACAUACUAUAUAUAUAUAUAUAUAUAAUACCUAAAUACAUGUAUAUAUAUAUAUAUAUAUAUAAAUUAACGCCUACAUUCCUGAUUUUCAAAUGGUAGACUACUGCACGAAUAAAACAACAAUACGAACUGGACUAAAUUUAAGACUAUGUGAAAUGAGACUUAACUGCACUAACAACCAAACAUUAUGUAUAUUAUAGUAGGCCUGUCCACUCAAACAUAGUGUCUCCAUCUCACUUAGGUUUUGUUACACCUCGCCACGACUGUAGUGUAUUUUCGAUGAUUAAGCCGUGACACACAUGGUGAGAACCAUUGCAGCCACAUUUAAUUUCAUAUUGAUAAAUUUGUUGCCACUUACACUAUUUUUAAAAACAAAAUGUUGUAGUAAAAUGUAACUAGCAUACUCUUAAUCGGUUUUAUUAUGUGUAUUGUUGUCAAAGAAUACAAAUCAACAAGUAAUGAAAAUGCCAGUAGCAACAAUGCAAUAGUAUGGACUGUGUGUAUUUCUAUGACGAUGACGCUACUGUGCGUGUAA